AUGAGUAACACGGACUUUUUGGGGCGGGCGAUUGACACGGUCAAGAAGGCCAUUGAGAAUGACAAUGAGGGCGAAUACGAGAAGGCUUAUCAGCUGUACUACUCCGCAUUGGAGCUGUUCAUGCUGGCGCUCAAGUGGGAGAAAAACCCGAAGUCCAAGGAGAUGAUUCGCGCCAAAACGGGCGAAUACAUGGACCGCGCCGAGAAGCUGAAGAAUCAUCUGGCUUCAGCAGGAGAUAAAAAGAAACCAAGUGCCGUGGGCGCGAAUGGAAAGGUCGCGCCAGGUAGUGGGAAAGGGAACCAGGAGGACGACAAUGGCGAGGAUGCGGAGGCCAAGAAGCUCCGCUCGGCCCUCCAGGGUGCCAUCCUGUCAGACAAGCCGAAUGUUAAGUGGGAAGAUGUUGCUGGUCUAGAGAGCGCGAAGGAAGCCUUGAAAGAAGCCGUCAUUCUCCCCAUCAAGUUCCCGCAUCUGUUUACUGGCAAGCGGCAACCUUGGAAGGGCAUUCUGCUCUACGGGCCUCCCGGUACUGGAAAAUCCUAUCUUGCAAAGGCUGUUGCGACCGAAGCGAAUAGCACCUUCUUCAGCGUCAGUAGUAGUGACCUAGUAUCGAAGUGGAUGGGUGAAAGUGAAAGACUUGUGAAACAACUUUUUAAUAUGGCCCGCGAGAAUAAGCCAGCCAUUAUUUUCAUUGAUGAAGUCGAUGCGCUGUGUGGGCCACGUGGAGAAGGUGAAUCAGAGGCCUCUCGGCGUAUCAAAACCGAAUUGCUCGUCCAAAUGGACGGUGUCGGAAAGGACUCUAAGGGUGUUCUAAUCCUGGGCGCGACCAACAUUCCCUGGCAGCUGGAUGCUGCUAUUAGGCGACGAUUCCAACGCCGUGUUCACAUCAGUCUUCCGGAUUUCAAUGCGCGGAUGAAGAUGUUCAUGCUGGCCGUGGGCUCGACACCGUGCCACAUGACGCAGGCGGAUUACCGGACAUUGGCCGAAUUGAGCGAAGGCUACUCCGGUAGCGAUAUCAGUAUUGCCGUGCAAGAUGCGCUGAUGCAGCCCAUUCGCAAGAUCCAAACGGCGACGCAUUAUAAAAAGGUGACUGUCGAAGGUGUCGAGAAGCUUACUCCAUGCUCACCAGGUGAUGCCGGCGCCGUUGAGAUGACCUGGCUUAGCAUUGAAGCAGAGCAACUCUUGGAGCCCCCACUUAUGCUGAAGGACUUCAUCAAGGCUGUUAAGAACUCCCGGCCCACCGUCAGCCAGGAAGAUCUUACAAGGAAUUCGGAGUGGACCAAGGAGUUCGGCAGUGAAGGAGCGUGA